CCGGCGGAGUGGGGCUCCCGGCCAGGCCUGCCUGUCCCACUCGGGACAUGAGCGGCUGAAGUUGGCCCCCCUCCGUCCACACCCCUGCCAGGGCCCCUGCGGGCUUCCAGCCGCUCCCCGCACCUCUCCUGGCCCCCUCGGUUCUCCCAGGUUGUUCCUCAAAGUCAUUCAAGCUGUACUCGCCGAAGGAGCCCCCGAACGGCAACGCCUUCCCCCCCUUCCAUCCCGGCACCAUGCUGGAUCGGGAUGUGGGCCCAACUCCCAUGUACCCGCCUACAUACCUGGAGCCUGGGAUUGGGAGGCACACACCAUAUGGCAACCAAACUGACUACAGAAUAUUCGAGCUUAACAAGCGGCUUCAGAACUGGACAGAGGAGUGUGACAAUCUCUGGUGGGAUGCUUUCACAACUGAGUUCUUUGAGGAUGAUGCCAUGUUGACCAUCACUUUCUGCCUGGAGGAUGGACCAAAGAGAUACACCAUUGGCCGGACCCUGAUCCCACGCUACUUCCGCAGCAUCUUUGAGGGCGGUGCUACGGAGCUGUACUAUGUGCUGAAGCACCCCAAGGAGGCAUUCCACAGCAACUUCGUGUCCCUCGACUGUGAUCAGGGCAGCAUGGUGACCCAGCAUGGCAAACCCAUGUUUACCCAGGUGUGUGUGGAAGGCCGGUUAUACCUGGAGUUCAUGUUUGAUGACAUGAUGCGGAUAAAGACGUGGCACUUCAGCAUCCGGCAGCACCGAGAGCUCAUCCCCCGCAGCAUCCUUGCCAUGCACGCCCAGGACCCCCAGAUGUUGGAUCAGCUCUCUAAAAACAUCACUCGGUGUGGGCUGUCCAAUUCCACUCUCAACUACCUCCGACUCUGUGUGAUACUCGAGCCCAUGCAGGAGCUCAUGUCCCGCCACAAGACCUACAGCCUCAGCCCCCGCGACUGCCUCAAGACCUGCCUUUUCCAGAAGUGGCAGCGCAUGGUAGCACCCCCCGCGGAGCCCGCACGGCAGCAGCCCAGCAAACGGCGGAAACGGAAGAUGUCAGGGGGCAGCACCAUGAGCUCGGGGGGUGGCAACACCAACAACAGCAACAGCAAGAAGAAGAGCCCAGCCAGCACCUUCGCCCUCUCCAGCCAGGUACCUGAUGUGAUGGUGGUGGGGGAGCCCACCCUGAUGGGCGGGGAGUUCGGGGACGAGGACGAGAGGCUCAUCACCCGGCUGGAGAACACCCAGUUUGACGCGGCCAACGGCAUUGACGACGAGGACAGCUUUAACAACUCCCCUGCACUGGGCGCCAACAGCCCCUGGAACAGCAAGCCUCCAUCCAGCCAAGAAAGCAAAUCGGAGAACCCCACAUCACAGGCCUCCCAGUAAAGGCCCUGCCAUGGCCACCCAGCACUCUGCCUGCCUGCCCCACCCCUUGCAGCCCCAGGGAGCGGAAGACAGAUGAGGAGACUGAGCAUCUAAACGGGCAGCCUCCGUUACCCAUUCAGGGAGGAACUGGACUCGCUGGGGGCAGGUGCCCAGAUUUGUCCCCCAGUGGCCCUGGGCUGGGCCUGGCUUCUGCAGAGCCUUGGGGGAAAGGGGGGACUUGUGGAUGCCUGUGUGGACCCUGGGCCUCUGAGAAAUGCCCUGUUGACCCCCCAGGGCAUUUGCUUCCAUCCUCAUUCAGGCUCUGGGUUCCCCAUCCCCCUGACUUCACCCCCUUCAAGCCUGGGGUUGUCUGUACCCACAGCCCUUAAGGACUUAACUUCUCGGGGCUUGGCUGAAUGCCCCUCCCUCUAAGUGGCUGGCAGAGGGGUCAAACUCUGGCCCCCUCCCUCUGCCACUCAUCUCAGCUCCAAGUUUUUUAAAAAAAUAAUAUUAUUAAAAAUGUAAGUUUAAAAAAAGUCAUUCAUGUCCCCCCUCUUCCCCCUAUUAAAAGUCUGGCAACCUCCUUAUUCCUGGCAGGUGGAGGGCCUAGGGCCCAGGUCGGGGCGAGAAUGGGGGUAGGGCGGUACCAUUUUACACAGUUUGAGAGCUUCAGACCAAGGAGACACUUUGCCAUCUCUCUUCCCUUUUCCCUGGGGGUGACUGGAGGUGGAGAAGGCAUGCCAUGGGUGGGGGAGGCCAUUAUAGCACAUCCUUCUGACA